GUAGAGUUGGCCCGCGCUGCACCGCCCGGUGGCUUCCCUGCAGCCGCGAGCCCUGGAGGCCUGGAGCGGUGGGACUUAGGCGGGCUAGGGUGUGUGCUGGGAAGGUCGCCGGACUUGGAUCGGAGCAGCACUUCGGAGACGCCGUGCAGUCGAACAGAGCCACCAUGGGGACCACAGCCCCAGGGCCCAUUCACCUGCUGGAGCUGUGUGACCAAAAGCUGCUGGAGUUUGUCUGCAACGUGGACAAUAAGGACUUGGUGUGGCUGGAGGAGAUUGAGGAGGAGGCCGAGCGCAUGUUCACCAGAGAAUUCAGCAAAGAGCCCGAGUUGAUGCCCAAAACACCUUCUCAGAAGAACCGACGGAAGAAGAGACGGAUUUCUUACGUUCAGGACGAAAACCGAGACCCCAUCCGGAAAAGGUUGUCCCGCAGAAAGACUCGGAGCAGCCAGCUGAGCUCCUGGCACCUCCGCAGCAAGGACAAGGUGGAGAAGCUGGCCACGGUGGUGGCAGAAAACGGCUCCGUCCUGCGGCGGGUGACCCGUGCUACGGCCGCCGCUGCCACUGCCACUGCGGCAGUGACGGCGAUGGCCCCUGAGUCUCCCACGACGCUGACCAAGAAGCCCAGGGAUAGCCUGGCCCCAUGCCCGCUGGUGCCCAUGGUGGAGAUAGGUGCCAGCGAGCGCCAGAGUGCCGAGCAGCACCUCAGCCAGCUCCACACUGCCCAGGCCCCGGCCUCCACGGAUGAGGACUCAACGCCCAAGAAGUCAGAGGCCAGCAGACCGGAGCCCGUCACCGUGAGCUCCCUGAUGACCACACCCCAGGGCCCCAAGGGCCGAGGGGUCGGAGCAGGGCGCUCCGCCUCCAAGCUCCGGAUCGCGGGCUCCCCGGGCCCGCAGGACUCGCCUGGCUCUCCAGCCUCCCCGUGGCAGGAGCGGGUGCUGGCGCCCAUCCUGCCAGAUAAUUUCUCCACGCCCACGGGCUCCCGCGUGGACCGGCGGUCAGUGCGGCGCAGCCUGAUCACCCCGGGCUCCCAGGUCUUGCCGGCCCAGCAGUCCGCCCAGGUUUCCAAAGAGCAGAGCACCGUCCGAAGAUCAAGCCGAAAGAUUGCCAAGAAGGCCACCAAAGAGCCGGCUGCUUCUGCCCGCAUCAUCUGCCACAGUUACCUGGAGAGGCUCCUGAAUGUUGAGGUGCCCCAGAAAGUCAGCCCCAAGGCAAAGGAGUCCAGCGAGGAAGCUGAGCCUGAGGUGGUGGCCCAGCCGGAGGUAAGGCGGAACAAUGACAGCACCUUGCGGCUCCACAGUGCCACCAAGAUCGCCAUCAGCACGCCCGGCUCGCAGCCUGCAGCAGGCACGCCCUCCGAAGGGCAGCAGGAGGCCAGGACCGACCAAGCAGAUGGCCCCAAGGAGCCACCCCAGAGUGUCAGGAGGAAGCGCAGCUACAAGCAGGCGGUGAGCGAGCUGGAUGAGGAGCAGCAGCUGGAGGAUGAGGAGCUGCAGCCGCCCAGGAGCAAGACCCCGUCCCCGCCCUGUCCUGCCAGCAAGGUGGUGCGGCCCCUCCGGACCUUCCUGCACACCGUGCAGAGGAACCAGAUGCUCAUGACCCCGACCUCGACCCCACACAGCAGCAUCAUGAAAUCCUUCAUUAAGCGCAACACCCCCCUGCGCGUGGACCCCAAGAGCAGCUUCGUUGAGAAGGAGCGGCAGCGCCUGGAGAACCUGCGGCGGAAGGAGGAGGCCGAGCAGCUCCGCAGGCAGAAGGUGGAGGAGGACAAGCGGCGGCGGCUGGAGGAGGUGAAGCUGAAGCGUGAGGAGCGCCUCCGCAAGGUGCUGCAGGCCCGGGAGCGGGUGGAGCAGAUGAAGGAGGAGAAGAAGAAGCAGAUCGAGCAGAAGUUUGCUCAGAUCGACGAGAAGACAGAAAAGGCCAAGGAGGAGCGGCUGGCCGAGGAGAAGGCCAAGAAGAAGGCAGCGGCCAAGAAGAUGGAGGAGGUGGAGGCGCGCAGGAAGCAGGAGGAGGAGGCGCGGCGGCUCAGGUGGCUGCAGCAGGAGGAGGAGGAGCGGCGCCACCAGGAGCUGCUGCAGAAGAGGAAGGAGGAGGAGCAGGAGCGGCUGCGGAAGGCGGCCGAGGCCAAGAGGCUGGCGGAGCAGCGCGAGCAGGAGCGGCAGCUGGCGGAGCAGCGCGAGCAGGAGAGAAAGAGGGAGCAGGAGCGGCAGCUGGCGGAGCAGGAGCGGCGGCGGGAGCAGGAGCGGCUCCAGGCCGAGAGGGAGCUGCAGGAGAAGGAGAGGGCCCUGCGGCUGCAGAAGGAGCGGCUGCAGAAGGAGCUGGAGGAGAAGAAGAAAAAGGAAGAGCAGCAGCGCCUGGCUGAGCAGCGGCUGCAGGAGGAGCAGGAGAAGAAAGCCAGGGAGGCCGCAGCGGCCAGCAAGAGCCUGAACGUGACCGUGGACGUGCAGUCUCCAGCUUGUACCUCGUAUCAAAUGACUCCCCAGGGGCACAGGGGGCCCCCCAAGAUCAACCCGGAUAACUAUGGGAUGGAUCUGAACAGCGACGACUCCACCGAUGAUGAGGCCCAUCCCCGGAAGCCCAUCCCCAACUGGGCCAGAGGCACCCACCUCAGCCAGGCCAUCAUCCACCAGUACUACCACCCCCCGAACCUUCUGGAGCUCUUCGGAACCAUCCUCCCGCUGGACCUGGAGGACAUCUUUAAGAAGAGCAAGCCCCGCUACCAUAAGCGCACCAGCUCCGCCGUGUGGAACUCGCCGCCCCUCCAAGGCGCCAGGCUCCCCGGCAGCCUGGCCUACAGCCUGAAGAAGUACUGAGGCCAGGGGCCCUCUCGGCGGGCUCGGCCUGUGUCUGUGUCUGUCUGUCCGUGUCUCUGUUGGUGUGGUGCCCUCCUGCCUGGGGUCCUGUCGCUGAGGGUUUGGGCCCGUGUAUAUAGGCGUCUUGUGUGCUGCGAGUGGAAAGCGACCCGGGCCUGUCGGGAGGCUGAGCUUGGUGGGUGUUUGGGCAGAACCAGGCCCAGCCCCGUCUGGUCUGCUGACAGCACUGUGUACAUAGACUGAUGAUUCAGCUGCGUUUUAGCCUCUAGUGUUUGAGAGCUAGAUUAAUAAAGUCUGUUCCUUCAAGCCGCCUGUGGGUAUCAUGAGACUGGGCUUCUCGGCAGGGAGCCCUGGACCCUGGGCCUGUCUCAGGCCGCUGGCUGGGCUGCUCCUUCUCCUGGGGUGUGUGUCCAGGUCACCCGCAUCCCACCCCCAGAGAUGCCCACGUAGUGGGUGAUUCUGAUGCCAACCCGGGCAAUGCUGAGAAACACUUCAAUUACUUUGGUGUUGGAACAAGGAAUGACACGUCCUGUUUUUCUGGGGAGCUCCCUGCUGGUAAGGGCCUGUUCAAGGGUGAGACCUGGGGUGGAAGUCAGGAAAAUGGGGCCCUGCCACUUGAGAACUUUCUUCCACCCCUCCACGCCUCAGGCGCCACCCUUGCUGCACAGAUGGUAAGGGACUUUAUUUGUUUUUAUUUUUUUUAUGGCCACACCUAUGGCAGAUGGAAGUUCCUGAGCCAGGGACUGAACCACAGCUCCAAAUACCCUGCAGCCACAACGCUGGAUCCUUUCAUCCACUAUGUAUGCCAGGCAGGGGAUCAAACCUGCCCUCCACAGUGACUCAAGAUGCUGCAGUCAGAUUCUUUUUUUUUUUUUUUUUAUCUUUUUACGGUCCCACCGUGGCAUAUGGAGGUUCCCAGGCUAGGGGCUGAAUUGGAGUUGAAGCUGCCGGCCUACACCACAGCCACAGCCAUGCAGGAUCCAAACCAUGUCUGCAACCUACACCACGGCUCACAGCAACACCAGAUCCUUAACCCACUGAGCAAGGCCAGGGAUCGAACCCGCAACCUCACGGUUCCUAGUCGGGUUCAUUAACUACUGAGCCACAACGGGAACUCCUGCAGUGAGAUUCUUAACUCAAGGCACCGCGGCGGGAACUCUGGUGAAAGGACUUUAGAAUGUGGGUGUGCUGGUGAGGCAGGAGAUCUGGGCUGGAAAGGGGAUGGCUCUUGAAACUACCUCGGGGCCAGUACGGGCAAACAGUUCAGAUAUUUUCCCGCAAAGCCAGGCAGCUGCUACCUAAACACAUAGUGUCUGUGGCAGCAGGCCCUGCCUGAUAGCUGCCAAUGGUGUUCUGAAUGGCCUCUGGGCCAGAUCAAGCCACAGUCUGUUUUUAUAAAGUUUUAGGGUUUGUUUUUUAUUUUUGUUUUUGUGGGAUUUUUUUUUUUUUUUUUUUUUUUUUUUUUGGUCUUUUAAGGCCACACUGGCAGCAUAGCCUAGCCUGCAGUUCCCAGGCUAGGGAUUACAUCUGAGCUGUAACCACUGGCCUACACCACAGCAACACCAGAUCUGAGCCGUGUCUUCAACCUAUGCCACAGCUCACGGUAACAUGGGAUCCUUAACCCACUGAGCGAGGCCAGGGAUGGAACCUGCGUCCUCGGGGAUCCUAGUCAGAUUCAUUUCCGCUGAGCCAGGACAGGAACUCCUGUUUUUAUAAAAUUUUAUUGGAACUCACCCUGCAGGAACAAGUGCUUGUCCCCAGCCACUCUGCAGGGGCAAAGGAGUUGCAACAGAGGCCUAAUUUUUCACAAAGCUGAGACUAUUUGCUAUGAACCUUUACAGAAAAUGAUUGCUGGCCCUGUUAGGACAAAAUCAAGACCUAACACAAGGCUGAAUACAUUUUAAAAUGAAAUAGUGAAUACCCACAACAGGUUGAUCUAGAAAAUUCCACCUGUGCAAAGAAAAACAUUUUACAGUUCAUGCAAAUACAGUCUAUUUAAAUUUGUUCCCAUAUGUUCUCUGGCUAGAACAUGUUGUGUUGUCAACUGGUGAGUUGUCUGCCUAAAGCCAUAAUGGCACAAUAUUACUUCUCAUAAACAUAUUUAUGUCAGGUGAGACUGUUCAACCAAAAAGGUAGUUGCAGUUGCUUUCCGUCUUUAGUAGCCCUUGAUGUUAUCUGUGCUUCUCAUUUUAACCAUUUGAAUAGACAUGUAGUGAAUUCUUAUCCUGGUUUGUUGUUUCGUUUGGCUGCACCCACGGCAUGGGGAAGUUCCCGGGCUGGGAAUUGAACCCACACUUCAGCAGUAACCAGAGCCACAGCAGUGACAAUGCUGGAUCCUUCACUGCUCGGCCACCAGGGAACUCCUCUCACCGUGGCUUUAAUUUGUGUUUCCCUAAUGGCUCAGGCUGGAACAUCUCGCGGGCUUACUUGCCGCCUGUGUGUCUUUGGUGCAGCAUUUGUUCAUUGUGAAGUUUGGGUUGUUUGUUUUCCUGCUGUUGAGAAUCUCUAUGUAUUAUGGAUACAGAUCUGUUGUCAGAUGUGUACUUUGAACAUUUUCUUCUAGUCUACAACGUGCCUUUUCAUUCAUGUAACAGUUUCGUUUUGUUUUUUUAUCAUAGAGCAAAAGAUUUAAUUUUGAUGAA